AUGGCACAAGCAGGUGAGAAUGCCGUCAUGGAAACUAAUGAUCCCAGUGCCGAUAAACAGGCGGUGGGCUUUUCUCCAUUCAACAAACCCAAUUCUUCAAGCCAGGAAGAACAAUCAACAAAGGACUCGAGCCCGAGAAUUAAAGCAAGAACAAACUCGUACAGUCUAUCUGCUGCCAUCGGCAACGGCAUUCUUGCGUCAUUGGGCAGGAAAGGAAGGCAUGCAGAACCAUUGAUACACACAGAGCUCAAUUCCGAACGAGCAAGUAUUUCUAUGCCACCACCUACCACAAGACCUUUGUCCAAGUCUAGAACCUCCUCAACAUAUAGCCAGCGACCGCCAGCCGCAUUGGAAGUUUUAAAAGAAGCCACAAAUUUAGCAGGCGCAGGAACAAGUCAUCAAGAUUUUGCUGUUGAGGAAUCUGACCCUCUCAAGACGAAUUCAACAAUGGCAGACGAUAAUAAAAGCACACCCGUGCCACUCCCCGACCCUGCUCUUCGCCCUCAAGCAUCUGUUACGGAGGUGGAUGGGAAGCGAAUGUCAGUCUCGUCAAUGUACUCCUUGACCUCAGCAAGGGCAGGCGGGGUAAUAAGCUCUGCGGCAUCUGCGACUGGUUCUGACAAUGGAGGAAGCACACGAGCGACUACAGCUUCAGCCUCAUCGAGUAAGGGGCCAGGUAUAUCUCAAGCAGAAACGUCAAAUGUCUCUGUGACAACAUCUUCCGGUGGACCCAGUGCACCAAAUGGACAUCAACUCACAGCGAGGGAAUCGCCAGCUCAAGCCGCAGAGCUUGCAAAACGAAAUUCGGUUGCCAGAGGCGAGGCUCAACCACGACCUCAGCCUCCACAAAGAUCAAGGAGUCGAGCAAAGAGACGCUUCAGUGGUAGCACUGGCGCCAGCAGCCACAGUCCUAGUAGUGAGAGGGGCCUACAUUUGAAAAAAGAGGAUGAGAAUAAACCAGCACCUUGGGGCGUGAUAGGAGUAUGUGCUUUGGAUAUCAAAGCACGAAGCAAGCCGAGUCGAAACAUUCUAAAUCGCUUGAUCUCGAAAGGUGAAUUUGAAGUCAUCGUCUUUGGGGAUAAAGUCAUAUUGGAUGAGGAGGUAGAGAAUUGGCCUAUCUGUGAUUUCUUGAUAUCUUUCUACUCAGACGGUUUUCCGCUCGACAAGGCCAUUGCAUAUGUACAGGCGAGAAAGCCAUUCUGUGUCAAUGAUGUUCCUAUGCAAAAGAUUCUAUGGGAUCGCAGGAUCUGUUUACGAAUUCUCGACAAAAUAAAUGUACCAACACCGAGGCGUAUAGAAGUAAAUCGGGAUGGAGGUCCGGCUGUCUUCACCCCGGAGCUGGCAAAACAUUUGAAGAACACUACAGGUCUUGUCUUGGAAGGACCCGAGGAUGGGACCGGUGGCCAAAUGGUGGCUCCCAAGAAAGUUGAGCUUAUCGACAACGGGGACACUUUGAGUGUCGAUGGUGUGCUAUUGGCUAAGCCGUUUGUGGAAAAGCCAGUCAGUGGUGAAGAUCACAAUGUCUGUAUAUAUUAUCCACAAAGUCAAGGCGGAGGGGGCCGUAAGCUUUUUCGGAAGAUUGGCAACAAGAGUUCCGAACAUGUGGAGGAUCUCACGAUUCCUCGAGCCAUUUCUGAACCAGGGAGCAGCUAUCUGUAUGAGAAGUUCAUGCGCGUCGACAAUGCCGAGGAUGUGAAAGCAUAUACCGUUGGACCGACCUUUUGCCAUGCCGAAACUCGCAAAUCUCCCGUUGUUGAUGGUCUGGUUAGACGCAACACUCAUGGCAAGGAAAUCCGUUACGUCACAGCUCUCACAAAAGAAGAAUCUGCUAUGGCCACUCGAAUUGCGAAUAGCUUUGGUCAGCGAGUAUGUGGUUUCGAUCUUUUACGUGCUCAAGGAAAGAGCUAUGUUAUUGAUGUCAAUGGAUGGAGUUUUGUAAAAGACAAUGAAGAAUAUUAUGAGCAAUGUGCUCGUAUAUUGAAAGAUAUGUUCGUCAGCGAAAAGCAGAAAAAGAACGGGCAGUCACUGCCCGUUAGUGGUGUAACAUCCCCUGUUGACGGCGCCAUGAGCCCUACUACUAUUAGAAAAGAGACAGGACUGAAGGACAAUCAUCGGUCAGCCUUACAAAACAUCCUUUCCAAAUCACCAAGUAUGUCAAACAUGCUUCAUGGACAUCUACCUAAUCAAGGAUCACAUAGACUUUCCACUUCGGGUUCUCCUCAAUUCGGCACUUCAGUUGUUCCAACGCCAAAGACUUCCCCGCCUCUGGUUGUAGAACAAGACGCCUCGGCGAUACCAUCUGCAGAUAUGUUGCCACCACCUGCAGUGUCGGUUCCAAGCGAAGUGCCAUCCGCUGCGUCUACUAUCCCUCCUACGCCAACGCCUACUCCUGCGCAAGAUCAAGAAACGUUACCCCCACCAGCACCAAAACAUACGUGGAAGUUGAAAGGUAUGGUAUCUGUGAUUCGACAUGCUGAUCGCACACCUAAGCAGAAAUACAAAUAUACAUUCCACACCAAACCUUUUAUCGAUCUUUUAAAAGGCCACCAAGAAGAAGUGCUCUUGAUAGGCGAAGCUGCAUUGGAUAGCGUUAUGCUUGCUGUUGAUGCCGCAGCACAUGAAGGUAUCGAAGAUACAGAAAAGCUCAAAUCACUAAGAAACGUUCUAGUGAAGAAAGGGGGAUGGGCAGGCACGAAAGUACAAAUCAAGCCCAUGUUUCGAAAAAGAAAGCCGGAAGAAUCUUUGAAUCCUGAGAUACCACUCCCUGCUACGGAAAAUCUUGCUACAGCCAAUUCAAGUCUUGAAAACUCGGAAUCAACAAAAUCAUCAGAGAAGCCAAAGAGUAUUACAGACCUUGAUAGACGAUCACCCACUCGUCACGAUUCUUUAUCGGGUGUUACUUUAUCCCGUAUAACUGCAGCAGAGGAAAGUCUUGUACUAGACAAGCUACAGCUCAUCGUCAAAUGGGGUGGCGAGCCUACUCACUCAGCUAGAUAUCAAGCACAAGAGCUGGGUGAAAGCAUGCGAAAUGACCUUCAGUUGAUGAACAAGGAUAUUCUUGAUGAAGUUCAUGUAUUCAGCAGCUCCGAGAGACGUGUCACAACCAGCGCUCAAAUCUGGGCAUCCGCUUUCACAGACCAAAAGGAUUUAGCAUCUGACUUCAUUACCAUUCGCAAAGAUUUGCUUGAUGAUUCCAAUGCAGCUAAAGAUGAGAUGGACAAAGUCAAGAAGAAGCUCAAGACUCUCUUGAGGCAAGGAAAUGAGGCGCCUCCCGAAUUUGCUUGGCCAGCGGAGAUGCCAGAACCAUCAAUCGUGCAGAAAUACGUUGUUCAUUUGAUGAAAUUUCACAGGAGAGUCAUGCGUAAUAAUUUUAGUAAACUUUAUGGUAGCGCUACUACGUCACUAAAUGCAAUUGUUAACCCAGGCGAUAAGGAAAGUAAAGGAGCAGGUUCGGCUAUGGGAUCGGCAAUGUCACAAGCAAACGCUACAAGCAGCAUUCAGGCUCGUUGGUGCUGUGGUGAAGAUGCCGAGCUCUUCAGGGAGCGCUGGGAGAAGCUUUUUAACGAAUUUUCUGAUCCUGAAAAAGUCGAUCCAAGCAAAAUAUCCGAGUUGUACGAUACCAUGAAGUUUGACGCCCUUCACAAUCGUCAAUUUCUUGAGUGGGUUUUCACCCCAAGCAAAAGCAUUCUUGAGGAGGAGGAAAUCGAGCUUGCUUGGGAGAAAGAUAGAUCCAAAAACUCGGAAAGUACCAAAGAUGAGACCGUACCACCGGAGAGGGUUGAAGCUAAUAGGACACUCCAUCGACGCAUGUUCAGGAGGAAGUCCGUAUUGAAUGGAAAGAACAGUGAGGAAGAAUCGUAUUUCCGACUUUUUACUGGUAGCAGCCAGACGAAAGCCAAAACUGACGCUCGCUUGGAGAAAUUGCGAGAAUUAUACAAGUUGUCGAAAGUCUUGUUCGAUUUCAUCUGCCCACAAGAAUAUGGUAUCGCAGAUUCUGAGAAACUUGAGAUUGGUCUUUUGACAUCACUUCCAUUGUUAAAGGAAAUCGUCCAAGAUCUCGAAGAAAUGCAAGCCUCCGAUGAUGCCAAAGCAUUCGUGUACUUCACCAAAGAAUCUCAUAUUUACACACUUCUUAACUGUAUUCUCGAAGGAGGAAUUGAGACCAAGAUUAAACGAAGUGCCAUUCCCGAACUCGAUUAUCUCUCACAAAUAUGUUUCGAGCUCUACGAAUCCGAAAAUAAGACUCCAGUCGACGCUCAGGAUGUAGCUAAAUAUGCAUAUACCAUUCGUAUCACCAUUAGUCCAGGUGCUCACACGUUUGAUCCGUUAGAUGUACAGCUGGAUAGUAAACAUAGUAUUAGUUGUGCGCCUAGAAGAAGUUUGACAGCUCAUGCGGACUGGAAAUAUGUUAUUGAUACGUUGAGGGCGAAAUUUCAUCAAGUCAAACUUCCCAAGAGUUUCCUCGCCGUCAAUCUUUCAGAAUCACACACUUUUCAUAAAAAAGAAGAGCUAGAACACGCAGAAGGCCAUUCUACGAUUGCGGGGGUGUUGAGUAGUGAAAAUGAACAUGAAAGUGGGAGUGGGAAUGGGAAUGGGGAUAGUGAAGGAAAAAGUGGUGUAGAAGAAGUUGCGGAAGCGACUAAUCAAGCAAUUGCCGAUACGGUCUCGACUCAAUCUGGGGACGAUCUAGACGUCACUACUACUAUAGAGAAAAGCCACGAUGAAUCCGUCUAA